CAUGUGUAGCCAUAACAGUUCGGUUGCGGUUAAGGCGAAAAUUCUCACAUGUGAAAGAUGGCAGGGUCAGGCCAGCAUUUCCCCAUGAAUGUGUCCAAUACCCUAUCAGGGGACAUUAUCUCAGUUCAGGGGCCGAUACUGGGUUCAGGGUACAGCCAUUCCCCAGGGUCAGCUCCCAGUGUUGACACCAGUUCCAUGUCACAGGCAACCUUUUCAAGCAACACAAGCCAGCCACAAAUGAUGUCCCCAACAAAACCGUUCCCCAAUAUCAACCUGGUACAGCUGUGCAAGGGAGGCCAGGAGACCAAUCAGGAGAUCCUUAACAAGCUACUGGACCUGUUCAGGCACUUCAAAAUGCUCCAGCUGCCGAAUGGCACAGCAAAUCAAAACUGCAUGGAGCGCAAGACGAAGGUGGAGGAAAUCCUGAUGCUGUUGAAGAAGCUGUUCCAGAGACUGAGGUUCAUGUAUGACCGGGCCAAUCAGAUGAUUCCUGACCCUGAUGAUAACCCUGAAGAGGUGCUUGUACCACUGAAAGGGGAUCCGCUCUCGGAGAAGAACACAAACACAGACAUAUACAGAGCGGCCUCUGAGGAGCAUCGCCAGCUGGUAGAGCAAAUACAGCAAAAGAACCGCCAAAUCAAGGAGAUAAUAGACAAGAUACGCACCAUUAUGUGGGAAAUCAACACCAUGAUAGUCAUGAGGAAGACGUGAAGUGGGGAACCAGCUGAUUGUGUACAUGGCAAGAAGAUGUGAAGUGGGGAAACAGCGGAUUGUUUACAUGGCAAGAAGAUGUGAAGUGGGGAAACAGCUGAUUGUGUACAUGGCAAUCUCAUACUGCAAUCUCACAUUAAACCCUUUGCAUGCUGGGAAAUUUGUCGUCUGCUAAAAUGUCGUCUGCUGAAUUUCUAGAAUUAGCAUUUUCUUCGAUUUUUUUCAAAGAAUACUAUCAGAAUAGCAAACAGUUUUGAUCCUGAUGAGACGCCACAUUCUGUGGCAUCUCAUCUGGAUCCAAACUGUUUGCAAAGGCAUUCAAAAUUCGGUUCCAGCACUGAAAGAGUUAAACUGACUGACUCAGUUUGAGUGGGAACUAGACAGAAACAUGACCUGAAAAGUAAAGUGGUUAAGAGUGUGAAUUCAUCGCCGUAAACACUGUGUGUUGUUUGUUAUACUAGGGGCAUGGGGAUUAAGGCCUGGAUAUGGUAACUUAGGUGCAAAGUUUGUAACAGUUACCCUGAAGGUCUGAUUAUUAAUGUUGGAUGCUGGUAAUUUUUCUCUUGGACUGUUUUGUAUACAAAGUACAUUACAAAUAUACCAGUGAAAUGAACAUUUCAUGCUAUUGACAAUUUUAACUGGAAAAAAGGUCAUGUUUAAUAUUCAUUCCACACAAAAACAUUUGACA